AUGCUGAACUCUGCCAUUCGCUGCUGCGCCCGGAACAUCGAGGCCUGGCCCUACUCUUUGGAACUUCUACGUGACAUGCCGGACCCAGACGUGAUCAGCUUCAGCAGUGCCAUCUCCGGUUGCAAAGACUGGCCGCAGGUGUUGGAGCUGCUGACGAUGAUGCGCCUGUCUGCCGUCGAGCAGGACACCGUGUGUUACAACUCCGCUAUCGCGGCCUGUGACGCUGAGGCCUGGCACGUUGCGCUUGAGCUCCUGGCGGCGAUGGAGACAGGAAAGCUCGAACCUACAGCUGUUUCCUACAAUGCCGCCAUCGCAGCAUGUCAGGGCUCCGCUUGGCCCUGGGCUGUUUGCCUCCUUAACCGCCUUGGACGAAGGGCCGAUGUGAUCAGUUUUGGCUCGGUCCUGACUGCAUGUGCAGGCUGCCACUGGCCGUUGGUCCUGGAUCUCCUAUCUGCAAUGCAGCAAAUGGAUAUCAACCCCGACGUCGUCGGCUGCAAUGCGGCCAUUUCGGCUUGGGACCGCAGCGGCCGCUGGGCGGAGGCACUUCACCUCUUCUAUGCCAUGCCUCAGAUUCGCCGUGCCCCCGAUACCGUCAGCUACAACGCGGCCAUCAGCGCUGCAGGAACGGCGGGACUCUGGGAGCUGGCGCUUGAUCUCCUUGCAGACCUCGAAAAGGAAUCUCUGACUCCCAGCGUCGUGACCCAUAACUCUGCCUUGGAUGCCUGUGCGCGUGGGGGCGCCUGGGAAAGGGCUCUUGUUCUCUUCGAUGCGCGGGAACCAGAUGUGGUGAGCUGCGGCAGCGCAAUCAGUGCUUGUUGCCAGCAAAGCUUAUGGUGUCUUUGCUUGGAGCUACUCCACAGCAUGCCGAGGCAGAGGUUGCCAGCGAAUGUGGUGACCUUCACCAGUGCCAUCAGCUCCUGCCACAAUGCCAGCCAGUGGCUCAUGGCUGUCUCGCUGCUCGCCUCAAUGGCUCAGCAAGCUGCGGAGCCAAACACCGCGACGUACAACUCGGCCAUUGCAGCUUGCCACGAUGCAAACGAGUGGCUGCAGGCACUGAACCUCUUGUUCGGCAUGCGCUCUGCAGAGGUUGCAGCGGAUGUUUCCAGCUACUCCGCGGUGAUCAGCGCCUGCGGUUGGUCCUUGUGCCUGGCUCUCUUGGAGGACAUGGAACAGGUCCAGGUGGCCCCGAAUGUUGCCAGCUUCCGGGGAGCACUUCAGAGUGCGAUCCGCGCAGAGCACUGGCAGCAGGCACCACCGCUUUUCGCCAAGGUGGCAGGAGUGGAGGCCGAACUAGCACAACUGCGGGGCAAACGAGGCGGCUAA